GCAUUUUCAACAUACUUUCAUUAAUUUCUAUUAUAAUAUUGGACUACCUACAGUCUGGCAACCCGCUUUUAAUUGCACACCGUGUUGGCAACGCUGCGCGUCUGACAUUUCUGUGCGAGAGCAAGUGCGAGAGCACGAGAACUGAGCGAGGCACGACUCAUGCAUUUCUAGAAAAGUCCGACAGCGGCAUUUUUGCAAUUUCAGCUCACAACUUUGCGUGGUAACGACGUGUUUAUAGCAACAUCUAAGACUUUAAUCAGUAAAGCCGAGGUUCAAAAUCGCAUAAAAUGGACAAGGUGAACGAACUAAAGGAAAAGGGCAACACGGCGCUCAAUGCCGAGAAAUUCGAUGAAGCGAUUGCUGCAUAUACAGAAGCCAUUGCGCUGGACGCCAAAAAUCAUGUGCUAUUCAGUAAUCGGUCGGCGGCCUUUGCCAAGGCCGGCAAGUUUAGGGAGGCCCUCGAAGAUGCUGAGAAAACCAUCUCUCUGAAUCCCACCUGGCCGAAGGGCUAUUCACGCAAGGGUGUUGCGGCCGCUGGUCUGCGUGACUAUAUGAAGGCCCUGGAAGCCUAUAAUGAGGGCUUGAAGCACGAUCCGCAAAAUGCGAUCCUAUUGCAGGGCUGUCAGGAGAUAACUGCAUCGGUGCUGAACAUGAUGCAAUCGCAGGGCGACAUACCCAUGGACGUUGAUCCGCAGUCGAGCAGCCCUAGUUUUGAGAGAAAAGCGCCGCCGUCCAAAAGCUCGGAACCCCCAAAGCCGGCUGAGCCGCGAGUGGAGGAUAUGAGCGAGGAGGAGCGCAAGAAGUACUUUGCCAAGAAGGAAAAGGAACUGGGCAACGCGGCCUAUAAGAAGAAAGAUUUUGAAACUGCCCUUAAGCAUUAUAAUGCUGCCAUCGAGCACGAUCCGACUGAUAUCACGUUUCAUAAUAAUAUUGCGGCCGUUUAUUUUGAGCGCAAGGAGUACGAUGAGUGCAUUAAACAGUGCGAGAAGGGCAUCGAGGUGGGCCGUGAGAAUCGUGCUGAUUUUAAGCUAAUUGCUAAAUCCUUGGCUCGCAUUGGAAACACCUAUCGCAAGCUGGAGAACUAUAAGCAAGCGAAAUUCUACUAUGAGAAGGCCAUGUCUGAGCAUCGCACACCGGAGAUUAAGACCUCGCUGAGCGAGGUUGAGGCAAAAAUAAAGGAGGAGGAGCGACGCGCCUACAUUGAUCCAGUUAAGGCCGAGGAGGAAAAGGAAAAGGGCAAUGAGUACUUCAAGAAGGGCGAUUACAGCAAUGCUGUUAAACACUAUACGGAGGCCAUUAAACGUAAUCCCGAUGAUCCCAAAUUGUACAGCAAUCGGGCUGCCUGUUACACAAAGUUGGCCGCUUUUGAUUUGGGUCUGAAGGAUUGUGAUACUUGCAUUAAGCUGGACGAGAAAUUCAUCAAGGGUUACAUACGAAAGGGAAAGAUUCUCCAGGGCAUGCAACAAACCUCAAAGGCUUCCUCGGCGUACCAGAAGGCGCUUGAAUUGGAUCCCAAUAAUGCCGAAGCAAUUGAUGGAUAUCGCCAAUGUUCAAUGAACUUUCAACGUAAUCCGCAAGAAGUGCUCAAGAACGCCAUGUCCGAUCCGGAAAUACAGCAAAUUCUCAAGGAUCCGGCCAUGCGCAUGAUACUCGAACAGAUGCAAAACGAUCCAAAUGCGGUCAAGGAACAUUUACAAAAUCCAGCCAUUGCCGACAAGAUAAUGAAGCUGCUGGAAUCGGGCAUUAUACAGAUACAUUAGAAUUAGCGAAACCCUAGAAAUCGUGAAAUUGGAAUAAACAACAACCAAACAAAUCGCUAACAUUCAGAAGACACACAUAAUACAACCGAUAUGCAUAUACAAUGAACGCACUUCUAUGUCGCGGUGCGCUGCCACAAAACUAAAUACCAUGUUGAACCUUAAUAUUUCUAAAUGAGAAACUACCUUGGAUAUCACCGCAACGCUGACAUGACUAUAAAUUCACUAAAGAAAAUAUGAAUGAUUGAAAACCAACUAAAUACAAAUACUAUUUGUUUUGCAAUGUUUGCUUAGUUUAUUUACGCAGACGCCGCUGGGAUGCCCUGGUUUUUAAUUUCAUACUACAUAAUAUGCUGUAGCUUAGCUCUAAAAGUAUAAGUUUUUUGAAUGUAAAAUAAAUACAAGUCAAAGAAUGGUAAUUGUAUAUUAUAGUAACUGCUCAUUCAAUUCUUUAAUUUGUCAAAAGCUUUCUAAAACACUCGAGAUUUAAUCACACUAUUUAUUUCAAACAGCUUUUACACAACAUUAUAUCUUAUAUUAGAGUACAUAAAGACAAAACGGUACGUUCCAAAGUAAAUAACAAUUUUUUCAAACUAAAAACCAAACAUAUUUUUUAUUUAGCGCAAAUAUGUUGAUUACAGGCGUUACACAAUACGGGAAUGUCGAAACUAGUUAUUGUGCUAGCCACUUAUUUGUUCAAUUUUGGUAAGAAUGUGUUACAAAUUGUUUUAUACGGAUCGAUUAAGAACGGUCUGGCUUGAAGAACUAUAUAUAUAGAUACUGCAAGCUAGUUUAGAUCUUUACAUUUUUUUUUGUUGGAAUAGUCUUAGCUCUAAAAAUCCACGCCAUACUAUUCUUUGGAUUCUUUUACUUGGUUAUUCCAUUAUAGGAAGUUCGAAAUUAUUCGGCUAGACCGUUAAAAAGUCGAAAUAUGGCUGGGAAAUACCAAAGCAUAAAAUGUGGUCACUCAUUUUGCGAUUUGAUUGGCAUUUUUUAGUGCGUUAACCAAAAAGUGUUGAAAAGCGAAAAAUGGCCGCAACAUGCUAUUCAGUGCCAGUGCCAAUGCAGUGUUGAGGACGAUUUCUUCCACAAAAAAAAAAGAAAUGGUGUGCUGAUUGUGAUUUGAUUAUAAAUAAUAAGAAACUACAAAUAAACGAACGCGUUUAAAACGAUUUAAUUGCAACGAACAAGAAGUAAAUAAAAGGCCUUUUUAACUACCGA